GCGCAGGCGCAUGCGCGGAGGCCCUCACCCACCCACCCACCCACCUCGGAGGGUGUUUCCUUGGCUUCCCAGGCCCUGAGGUUGGCGCGCCUUCCGGAGGCGCCUCAGUUCCCCCGUCGGAGCCUUCCCCCGGGGCUGCUUUCGAUGGUGAUGGAAAAGAAAUGAUACAUGCGUAGAGUCUGAAGAAAAGUUAUUGAGGAAAAGGAUUGGACGGAAUCUGAAGAUCCUAAAAUCACAGCAGCUGACUUGGGGCAGGUGGCCAAAGAAGUUAUAUCACUCUCUGUGUCCAACCAUAAGCAGCUCAAUUGGAGGAGAGGUGGGUCAAGGUGGGUGAUUGUUUAUCCUUCAGCGCAACCUUCUGAAACCAUGGGAGAGAAGUCCCACAACUGCCCCUACUGUGGGAAAGGUUUCCGGCGCAACUCACAUCUGACGCGCCACCUUGCCACUCACUCUGGGCUUCAGCGUCCCUUAGGUGGGAAACGCCUUGGGCAGCAGGUGCCAGAAGAAGACCGCCCAUACCCCUGUAAUUUUUGCGGGAAGACAUUUGCCCGCAGUGCCCACCUAGCCCGGCACCAGGAAACCCAUUCAGGGGAGCGGCCGUACAAAUGCACCUAUUGUGGGAAGGCCUUUGGUCGUAAUUCCCACCUCACUCGCCACCAUAGCACUCACACUGGAGAGCGGCCAUAUGAGUGUGGGGUUUGUGGCAAAGCUUUCACCCGCAGUGCCCAUGUCACCCGCCACCAGGGCACUCACACUGGGGAGCGGCCUUUCCGCUGCACUCACUGCGGGAAGCGCUUCACCCGCAGCGCUCAUCUCCAGCGCCACCAGGGCAUCCACAGUGGAGACAAACCCUUCAAUUGCCGGGACUGUGGGAAAGGCUUCACCCGGAAUGCCCACCUGGAGCGCCACCGUGCUACUCACUCAGGCGAAAAGCCCUUUAAGUGUGCCAGCUGUGGAAAAGGAUUUGGGGCUGCCUCUCAUCUUGUAAGGCACCAGCGGACCCAUAAAGUUUAGUUGGUUAGGAUUUCUUCUAUCUCCACCCAAACCAGGAGCAGAAAUGGCCAGUAUAGGAUACUUCAGAGUGCUUUCAUCUUCGUGCCAAGAUGGCUGUUUUCCACUUUCUUCUCCAGUCUACAAUGCCUAGAUGUUUAGCUCAUUGCCAUUUAUGAGAGAACUCUGUAACACACUUGGUGAUGUUUUCACAUGGUCUACAGGGAGACCAAUCGUAUCAAGUUCUCCCAUUCAGUUCAGCACUUGCAAAGACAUUUUAGAUGCUGGGACAAUAGACUCAUGCCUGCUCCUUUCUUCCCAGAUGGGAAAGCAUAAAUACUAAACUUGCAUAACGCUAUCUGUCUUUGUGUGUGCAAAGUAUUACAUGUGAAGGCUUGCUUUUGUAGUCUUAAAUUUUCUGCCAGGAAAGAUGCCACACUGAAUCUCAGACAAGAAAACCUCUCUGGAACCCCUGCAAGAUGUGUCGAAUUCUUCAUUCCCCUCCAGCAUCACUCUGUGUGUGGUUGUGUUAUAAAUACAUCAGUGAAGAUCAAACCUUUUUUUCCUGGCAGUUCUCACUGAAUGAACGUAGAAUAGCUUUUCCUUUGACUUGAAACCCUGGGGUUGAGGAAAUGUCGGUUAUCACAUACUUACAUUUCCUUGCAUUUCCCAAUGAGAUGGUGUGGGCACGUAGAGAUGCUUUGUCUGCAUCUUGAAAAUUUCAGCACUCUGUAACUAGAAGGGACUAUAUAUUGUUAUUUUGAAGUUAACUCUUCCGUGCCAUGGCUAGCCUGCAUAUUGCCAUACAGUCUUCUACAGUAGUCAUCAAUAGACUGUUCCAGUGCAAAGUGCUUCUGUUCUCUGUGUUCCAGCCAGCCAUGCUUUCUUUUGGGAAACCAUUCCAUCUCCCUAGUUUUUGGCCCUCACCUCUGCAUUCUCUGGCUACUGACCAGGUUUUGUCCUAAUUGAGCUCUUUGAGGGUGUAGGCAGACAAAUAUGCUCCUUGACAUUUUUAGAUCUAAAGAUUAUUUCUCCUUUUGGAAACUUGGGGGUUUCACUGAACAUGCAGAUAAUCUCUUUUUUCUAUCUCACUGGCCUUGUUUUGGUUGUAAUUCAGCCCUUAAGUUUGUUAUCACUAAAAGUAGUCAUUUAUGCUCACAACCAUCCAGUAGAGCACUGAAUAAUUUGCAGAUGAGGAACCAAGGAAGAGGUAGUGAUGUUUUUUACAUCAUCUUUUAUGUGAGGCUCAGCAGACGUCUUGAAAAACUCUUGUAUCUUGCAAGCUGUUUUGUGUCUCACAAGCCUUCAGCCCCCUUAGUGAAUUUUAGCCGUCCCUGCCCUCCCCCUCUUUUUACAAAAAUAGUGAUGGAUAUAAUUAAACUGAUAUGCUUCACAGUGACAUAACUCCAGUGUGAUGUAGAAAUAGUUUCAGAAAUGACAUCCUGAAUUUGUUGCUUUUUAUUUUUAGAUGUCUUUUAAAAAUAUAACUUCUGUUCAAUUUUAGAGUGGGAUGUGUGGGUGUAGAGACAAUAUUAUAAAUGAUACCGUCAUCUGUCUUGGCCUAAAACAUUCAGGAUAUUUUCUUCAAAAGAUAACUGAUGGGACAGUCAAAGUGUUAUGUAAAGUAUUAAAGCUGUAUCAUGGACUGCUCUGUAGCACACAAAAGCUGAUGUGCCUAGCGGUUGCUAUUGUUAUUUUAAAGUACAUGAAACAGUAUUUUCACUCUUGUAAGGCACCAGCGGACCCUAGCAGUUGCUAUUGUUAUUUUAAAGUACAUGAAACAGUAUUUUCACUCACACUUGUGGCCCAGGGAAAUACUCGUUUGGUUUGCUGUGUUCCUGGAAUUUUACCUAAAUGAUGUAUGCCAGUACUUCAUUCCCUGUGACUCUUACAUAAGACUUCCUUCUUCAGUUUUGUAGCUGUUUGACACAAUUCAACUCUUCAAAAAUAAUGACUACACAAAGGCUUGGCCAUGUUUUUUUUAGACCAAGGCCCAGACAGAGAUCACCUACCAUGCCACUAACCAAGUUAAAUAUGGCAUUUGGCUUUGGCAGCAACCUUGUGUACAUAGCAUGUAUGGAUUUUAGUCUGGGCUCCUUGAAAUCAGGGAAAUGAAAUUACUCAGAAUGACUGCAACUGGAGCAGAAAGAAUAAUAAAAGAUUUUGUUUCGAGAAGAAAAGGAAAUGAGACUAAUCAGAGCCAAGGACUUACUGCUGUCUUCAGAAACAUCCCUCCAUUGGUUGUAGUAGAACAUAAUGUGUUUUAUAACAAUUUUUCCAGUUCUCUGAAUAACCAUCUUCUGAUUUAUUUUUUUUAAGCUUGAGUGUGUCAUAAAAAAGAGAACGGCAAGAUCCAUCCAGCAUUCUUUUCUCUCUGAGAUUUCUGAACUCCUUGUUACAAAUUGAGGAACCAUUUCUCAUACACCAGAAUGCCCUCUUGGUGGCAUCUUGAUCUAAUACAACAGACAUGGAAUCCUUGAAAAGAAUACCAAGAAUGAUGGGUCGAAAUCAAACUGCUAAAUAUUCCAGUGUCAUUUUAUAUAUUCUUCCUCUACACCUGUGUAUACUGAUCUUACAUGCCAGCAAAGAGAGCUCGGCAGUAAGAAUUUCCUUCUGCGUCUUGUGAAUUUAAAACCAAGCUGAAUCCAGAGUUUAAUGAUCUCUUUCUAAAGUGGCUACCACAGUGUGGAAGUACUGGAGCCACAAGCCUUUAAUCCUUUUGUGCUGUUAUUUGGUGUAGUAAUGACUUGUGCUUGUUGGCUUUCUUUGCUUAGCGUUCCCAGCCAUUGCUGGCAGUAGAUAGUCUCCCUAAUCUUAAAUUGCCAUUACAGCCUUUAACUGCCUCAGUGGUUCAUUCUCCAAGGUCGGGCUUUGCUAUUGUGAGUGGAGAUUUCCCUAGUAGAUUUGCCCUCCUCCCGAUGAUAAGAUCUGAAAAGAUGAUAAUUUCGUACUCUAUUUAGACAGUGGAGCAUUUAAUCUCAAAUCAGUUUAAACGUGCCAAAGUGAACAAGAAUAGAUUACUCAUCAGUAGAUUCAAAGUUCAGAGCAUGCACUGUAACACUACUGCUUUUUAGGAGUGUUGAUGUGUAAAUGCAUAGAAAAUGAAUAAAGAAAUUCAGUGCCGUGCCCACCAUUUGAAAGGCAGAAAAUAGCCACCCUUUUGAAAUAAUAAUGCUGUUUCUAAACUGAAGUGAAAGAAUAAUGGAAGAACCCACAGUAACAGAACCUGAAUUUCUCCCUGCAGCCUUGUGAAGACAAAUGAUGGCUCUCAGGAGAGCCUUAUCACACUACACUGUUAAUAGUGCUAUAUGCCACUUUAGCUGCCAUGGCAAUAUCCUGUAGAAUUUUGGGAUUUGUAGUUUAGUGAGGCCUAAGAACCAAAUUAUCAAUGUCCCUCCUUAAAUUACAAAUCCAUGAUUCCGUUAGACGUUGCCAUAUCAGUUAUAUUGAUACAAUAGUGCUGUAAUGGGGCAGUGUGAUAAGGCUCUUAAGUCUGUCCGCUGUAAUUUUGUAAGGAACAAGAGGGAAAAGGUUUACAAGUAUCACUAACUUUGCGCAUUUCUCCAAAAACAAAAAAGAAAAGGAAAGAAAAGCUAUUUUGAUCCUGAGCUCACAUGGUCAUUUCUAUUAAGAUAUGUUUGCAUGCAUUUACAGUAUUUCUGCUGUACACGGGUACUGUUUUAUGACUGCUAAAUGUCAGAACUCGGAUUGUUACUCAGUAUUCCCAUUAUUUGUAAUGAUUCGUUUUUAAGAGUAGUUUGGUAUGCAUAACAACACUUUUAUCAGUACACUACUCUUAAUAUGGUUCCUGUUGAAAGAUAAAGAAAUUAACAUUACUGGUUUCAAUGCCAUACUUUCAAGCUCUGCUAAUUCUAUGGGAAAAUAGGUGGCCCUGUUUCCAAUGUUGUGAGGGUUGCAAAGGUGUGUGGAUUUUAUAGAAAAUUUAGACAAAAACUGGAAGAAAAUGGAGGAGAGUGUUGUUGUUCUACAGUCUUUCUUUGUUCAUUUUUUUCCAUCUGGGAAAAAAUGGAGAAUUCUAAAGGACAACAAAGAAAAGACUCCUAUGAAAACAUUUCACUUGUGGAAUGAGUGAAACUCUUUUGAGGUAAGUUUUUGCCCACUCAGAAUGUAUAGUACGAAUAUUUUUUAUGAAAGACAAUCUGCAGAGUUAAAGAUAUAAUCCUUGUGUAUAUGUAGAUAUAUAAAACACACGGUUCCCAGCAGCAUUCCUGCAGAUAAGGUGCUGUUGCCUUUAGGAGGGGAGCAGCCAGGGAUUUUGUUUCUUGUGGAUUGUUGCUUGCCUUAUAGUAUCAGUGUAGCGUGGAGGUAGUCAUUUGAAAUAAGUAUCCUGAACCCAUUGUCCUUUUCACAGGAUCCCUUUUGGCCCAGUAUGGAUAACCCACUACAAAACUUAUGGAUUUUGUAGUUUGGGGACCGCAACCCUAUACAAACAUAUCUGUAUAUAAGCUCCAUGCAUUUCUGUGUAAAAAUGCACAGGGUUCUUCUGCAAAUUUAAAAACUAUGCCAAAAGUAGUAAUGUUCUAUUUACUAAUCAAAUUGCAAACCAUGAGUGUCAAGUUGUUAAAGCAGUAAAAUAAGUUUUAGGUUCAUUAGGAAAUUUUGCCUAGAAGUCCGCCCCACCCACCCCGUUCUGUGUGUAUGUGCUUCUUUUUUAUAGAAAUGGGUUUUUCCUCCCAGGGCUUCAGAAGUUCAGGAAAUGUUUCAUCUCUUCUUAGAAAAUCCUCAUAUUCACUGCACUGCAGCCCUCAUGCUGGUUUGUUUCUGUGGCCUAUGAAUUUGGUAAGACAUCAGCUGCAGGACCGAAGUGACAAAUGACAAAACACAUUAAAAAUUCCAACAUUAUGUAGUGUACACAGAUGAUACUUUUGUAGAGCCAGAGGCAGUACAGGUUGAUUAUCCCAUAUCUGAAAUGCUUAAAAGAAUCAUAGAAUAAUAGUUGGAAGAGACCACAUGAGCCAUCUAGUCCAACCCCUUGCCAUGCAGGAAAAGUACAAAGUACCUCUGACAGAUUUCCAUCCAGCCUCUGUUUAAAAGCAUGGGACCACAAUUGUUCCAUAUAUUGGAUUUUUGAAUACUUGCACGCACACAAUGAGAUAUAGUAAAAAUGACUCGAGUCUAAACAAGAAAUCCAUUUAUGCUUCAUCUACACCAGUGGUUCUCAACCUGCAGGUCCCCAGGUGUUUUGGCCUACUACUCCCAGAAAUCCCAACCAGUUUACUAGCUGUUAGGAUUUCUGGGAGUUGAAGGCCAAAACAUCUGGGGACCCACAGGUUGAGAACCACUGAUCUGCACAUGGCUUGGAGGUAUUUUAUACACACUGUUUUAAAUAAUUUUGUGCUGAAAUCAAGUUUGUGUAGAUUGAACCAUCGGAAAGCAUGUGGUCAAUAUUGGAACAUUUUGGAGUUGCAGAUAAUGAGUGCUCAACCUGUAUUGUAACACAAUAAUUGGUGAUGCAUAUUUGUUUUCUCUUGUGUUUGAAAGUAGACAGUAGUAAAAAAGUUCACAUUUCAGUAUACGAGUGCUUUAAGCCAUCUUUGAAUAAAAAACAGAAAUGAGUCCCAGCAGAACUGUAAUAGAUAUUUGUUUUUCCUACAGACUUUUUGUAUGGUUGCAUGCCCAAGUUGAUUUUUUUGUGUGUGUUGGCAGUCACCCUCGAGUUUAUGAUGCCUACUCAGCCCUACUCCCUCGUGUAAUUUUUUUCAGAUAACCAGAAUUUGUUUAAAGGAUAAAUGACAUUAUGAUUGUGAUUCCCUCCUGGGAUGGUUACUGAUGCAUGUCAGAAAAGAGGAAAGCCAUCACCAAAAGAGAGAGGGUCCAGAUCUGGAGGUGAUUAUUAUAAUUUUAGCAGAAAUACAGAAUAUUACUGUGGUGAGGAAAACUGGCCAAAUGUUCUGUAGACCUGUUCAGCCUGCUUAAUUAGUCAUUUUGAGAUCCCUGACGUCUUGGCCAUAUCAUGAUUUUUUUCUUUAAAAUGGGCUAAACAGGCAUCAAACAGAACAGUUUUUGAAAAGAUAAGUCACCUUUGACAGGUUUUCUGUUACAGGACUGCUUUUUGUAAAUGCCAUAGCCCUAUGUAGUUCUUGGUCUCACACCUGAAGCAGGUUUUAUUAAGUUUUGCUUAGUAUAUGAGACCAAUGUUUUAAAAGACAAAAAAAGUGAAUUCCUUUUUGAUUAUUAUACCUUCCUUCCCUUUAAGAAGACUGAGUCACCAUCUCUUGAAUCAGCCAGGCUUUGAAGCUGCAGGGCCCUUAAUCCAACUGGCCAAUUGCAACAUUCACACUUGCCUCAAACAGACAAGAGUUCCUUCUCCCACCCUGGACAUUCCACAGAUAUAUAAACUCAAUUUUCCUAUGAGGAUGCCUGCCAUAGAUGUAGGUGAAACAUCAGGAGAGAAUGCUUCUGGAACAUGGCCAUACAGCCCGGAAAACUCAUAGCAACCCAGUGAUUCCAGCCAUGAAAGCCUUCAACAACACAGUUUCUGCAUUCACACUCACAAAAGUUUGAUGAAUUCUCAUUAUAGGACCUGAACCCAUAGUAGGGUGGGUUCCUAUAAAUCUACUUUGAUGAAGAAUUAGCACAAUUGCUGUUAAGUGAUUGUUGUGUGCCUUCAAGUCAUUUGCAACUUAUGGUGGCCUUCAGGAUAACUAUCACUUGGGGGUGAGGCCAUGAUUUAUUUAAAAGGAUUGACUUGGUUUUCCACUAGGAUAAGAGAUUGUGACUUGCCUCUCUCUGCAUAAUGACCCCCUCACCUAUCCACAACUCAUAUCACAAACCAUUAAUCUGCUCUUGACUUAUGCGUGAGAUCAACUUAUAAUUGAAUCUGUAUAUGGGAAGAAUUUCCUGGACAGUGCAGUGUCUGCAGUAGUGAAUUGAACCUUUCUGAAAUGUUUGGAACCAGAAGUAUUUUCAGUUUUGGAAUUUUCUUUUUGGAUUCUGGAAUACAUAGAUUUGUACGUAAGUACAUAAUUGAGAUAUCUUCAAGAUGGAAACCAAGUCUAAACAUGAAAAUCAUUAAAUAUCAGAAAGCAAAAGCGUCAAUAUCAUAUAAUAUCAAGACAGAAUAACCCAGAAUAUCAAGACAGAAAAAUCCUACAAUAUCUACUUUGAACUGGGUUUUCUGAGUCCACACUGCCAUAUAUUCCUGUUCAAAGCAGAUAAUGUGGGAUUUUCUGUCUUGAUAUUCUGGGUUAUAUGGCUGUGUGGAAGCGCCCUGGAAUUCCAAAAUUCAAAAUACUGUGUGGAAGGGGCCCCAGAUAAGGGAUGCUCAACUUAUAUAAUUAAUCUCCUUUCCACAGGUAGUGAAAGCUGAAUAGGGAACCUUUGACUCUACAGAUGCUUUGAAUUACAGCUCCCAUUAUCCCCUACCCAAACCAAGAAAAAAGCCAAAGCUGCUUCAUCUCUGAUUUAAAGCCUAUUGUACAGAUGUGAUAAAAAAAACCCCUAGAAUUCUAGCUCUAUAUGCUCUCAGGAGUUUGAAAAACCUUUUCAUUUAAAAACAUUCAUUACAGCAGUAGAAAGCUUUUAUCUAAGCUGUCUGCCAGCCAUGAUAGUUUUCUAUUUGUCAAGUAUAUUGGCACAGAGGUGUCUUUGAAAAGAGGCUUUCUUGGCUGUGGUGGGAAUUGUCAAAUCUACCCUUUUCAUUCAGUUGCAUGUAUAGGUCAGGUCUCAUUCUUCCAUAAUUGGACUUGGAUGGAUUAGUAGUUAUUUCCGUUCAAAUUCAUCAAUGUUUUUACUUGAUCCACUGCUUUCUGAGAGCAAUCUUGAGCUCAUUACACUCAGUUUAGAGAUUAGAGAGGCAGCGAGGAACAGAAGGGACAGUGUCUGUUUUGGAACGUUCUCUCUCCCCUAUGUGUUCAGUUACUGGAAGGAAAAUAAUUUGAUUUCCCACUUAUGUUCCCUUCUUUAAACAUCUUUCUCUGAAUUCAAGCUUCCCAGUUUGGGCAGAGCCUACUUUCCAAUAAGCAGACUCAUAAUCGAAGCAUUAGUUUAAUUUCCAACUUUUGAUUUAAUGGGUGAUACCAGACAAAAGUUAUCACCUCUGACUUCUAUCUAAUAAAAUGGAUGAAAAUGUGUAUCAUUACAUAGAAGGCUUCAGCAAUGUGUAUGUGUGUGUGGACAAACUACUUGUUCCCCUUCCUAGCCCUGGUGCCAUCUCUGAGAUGAACUCUGUUAAGGCACUCUUCAUUGGUUCAGCUUGACCUUCCUGAAUCUAUCUUCAGCUUUUUAAUAGGGUGGGGCAGGUUGAUCUUAGUUUGCUUUUGUAUUGUUUGCGGGUGGGAAUAUGCUGGGGUUGAUUUUGAGUUCUUUUGAUCUUUUUUGUUGUGGUUUUCUUUUAGUACUAAUGCCAUUGGGUAUGCCUUAAAAGUAGUCAUGAUUGCUGUUGCAGCUGUAUCAUAGCCAAACUGAGAUCUAAAUAUUCUACUACCAUCUAUAUUACAUUUCCAGGUAUUGCCCUUGGUAACUGACUUUAUUUUCCUAUUGUACUAACAGUGUCUGUCUUUCCUCUGUAUGAAAUAAACUUUACUUUUUGGAUUCUGAAA